GGCCUCGCUGACGUUCGUGUCUCCAGGAGCCCGAUGGUGACGGGCACCUCGGUGCUGGGCGUCAAGUUCUCCGGGGGGGUGAUCAUCGCGGCCGACAUGAUGGGCUCCUACGGGUCACUCGCCCGGUUCCGCAGCAUCUCCCGGCUCCUCAAGGUGAACGACAGCACCAUGCUGGGCGCCUCCGGUGACUACGCCGACUUCCAGUACCUGAAGCAGGUCAUCGACCAGAUGGUAAUCGACGAGGAGCUGCUGGGCGACGGGCACAGUUACAGCCCCAAGGCCAUUCACUCCUGGCUGACGCGGGUCAUGUACAACCGGAGGUCCAAGAUCAACCCGCUCUGGAACACCGUCGUCAUCGGCGGCUACUACGGCGGCGAGAGUUUCCUAGGUUACGUGGACAUGCUCGGUGUGGCCUACGAAGCCUCGACGCUGGCGACGGGUUACGGCGCGUACCUGGCUCAGCCAUUGAUGAGAGAAGUCUUGGAGAAGAAAUCCAGCCUGACGAAGGAGGAGGCCCGCGACCUGAUUGAGCGUUGCAUGAAAAUUUUGUAUUACAGAGACGCUCGGUCGUUCAACAGGUACGAAGUGGCGAUCGCGACGGAGAAGGGCGUGGAGGUGGAGGGGCCCCUGACCCUGGAGGCCAACUGGGACAUCGCUCACCUCGUCAGUGGCUUUGAGUGACGCCGCCGCCUUCCCGCCCUCUGCACCCGCUGUAAAUCCGUCGCCCCUUCGGAAGCGCCGACCUGACCCCGUUUGGAAACGAAAUAAACCCGUUCGGACGA